AUGUUCUUCUAUUCAGCAAGGCCAAGAGCCCUUUCACUACGACGAUCAUCAGUCGCUCCGCAGGGUACCGAAACACGAUUAGCACGUCAAAUUGCAGAGCUUCUUGCACGACAAACUGCCCCUUUGGAGGUAACACAAGAUCACCAGGAAAAGAAGAGCGAGAAAGAGAAGGAUUAUGAUAAGUGGGAGCGAAAUUUGCCUAUUCGGAGUUCAUCGCUGGCAAAUCCCCCGCAGCGAUCAACUUCUGACCCACGACGCGGCAGUAAGCCAUCCAGAUAUUAUCAUCGAAGACCCACCGUGACCAUCCAAAGUGAUGGACGCAUUAUAAUUGGUGGGUAUACACUUUUUUUAUAUUUAAUUUCUAACUCUUCUGGAAUCAGCAAAACAGCGUUUGGCGCCGAUUUCGUUCUUGAAUGA